UCCUCUAGGGUUUCGGCCCCCAUUAUACUCACACUCUCUAACCCUAGAUUUCUCUCUCCCACAUUUCUACAUACCCAACCAUGGCUGAGCGUCCUGGAGGUGACCGCGGUGGAUUCGGGAGAGGUUUCGGCGGUGGUCGCGGUAGGGGAGACCGUGGCCGCGGAGGCCGGCGCAGGCCACGUCGUGAAGAGGAGGAGAAGUGGGUUCCGGUGACGAAGCUUGGGCGUCUCGUGAAGGCCGAUAAGAUAAAGUCUCUGGAGCAGAUCUACCUCCACUCACUGCCCAUCAAGGAGCAUCAGAUCGUGGACCAGCUCUGCCCUGGCCUUAAGGACGAGGUCAUGAAGAUCAUGCCGGUCCAGAAGCAGACCCGGGCUGGUCAGCGCACCCGCUUCAAGGCCUUCGUCGUCGUCGGCGACAACAACGGCCACGUCGGUCUCGGCGUUAAGUGUAGCAAAGAGGUCGCCACGGCCAUACGUGGCGCCAUCAUACUUGCCAAGCUCUCUGUGAUCCCCGUCAGGAGGGGUUACUGGGGGAACAAGAUCGGCAAGCCCCAUACUGUUCCGUGUAAGGUCACCGGCAAGUGUGGCUCCGUCUCUGUGCGCAUGAUUCCUGCUCCUCGUGGUGCCGGAAUUGUGGCCGCAAGGGUUCCCAAGAAGGUCCUCCAGUUUGCUGGGAUCGAUGAUGUCUUUACCUCGUCCAGCGGCUCCACAAGGACUCUUGGAAACUUCGUGAAGGCAACUUUUGAUUGUCUGCUGAAAACUUAUGGGUUCCUUACCCCUGAGUUUUGGAGGGAAACUCGCUUCACAAGGUCUCCAUUCCAAGAGCAUACAGACCUGUUGGCAAAACCUGUUGGCAAGCUAAUUCUGCAGGAGCCUGAGGCGCAUGAAGCUUAAUCUAGUUUUUGCAGAAGUUUUGGAAAAUGUUUUCUGUUUUGUGUUUUGAAACUAAGAAGUUAUUUCUAUUUUGACAUUCUCAAAAUUGGUUUGGAUAAUAUAUCUGAGAACUGUUUUAGAGGAGAAAAACAUUGAAAGCGUUUGGAUUAUAUGUUGAAAGCUAUUUUCUGAAAAGCGUCUUAUGGUAACACGUUUGUUUGUUUGA